AUGAAAGAAACAAUAGGCAAGACCAGGGGGGCGAAAGGGCUGACUAGUACGUUUUCGACAACGCAGGAACAAAUCGACGAUCUGGCUGCCAUGUCUCGAGAAUAUGAGAAGCAAGAGGCCUUACGAAUGACCCAGAACGCCUCCAAUGCGGGAAACGACCCGUCGCGCCACUCCGAGCCCUAUAUCAACGAGCUCAUCCCCGUGGACCCUGCCCGAGCUCGCAGGCGUGAACCAGACCCGAGAGGGGGUCGUUAA